GAAUUCGACCGAUGGCGUCCGUGGCUUCCCACCGACUCUUCUCCGCCUCCUUCUCCUUCUUCUUCCUACUCCUCAUCCCUCGGCACGGUGCCUCCACGGACUUCCAGUACUGCAACAAAGAAGCUGACUAUCCGGUGAAGGUCAGCAGUGUUCAAAUAUCACCUGAUCCAAUUGCACGGGGCAAGCCAGCUAAAUUUAAGAUUACAGCCAAUGCUGGAGCUCCAAUCUCUGGAGGGAUGUUGGUAAUUGAUGUCAAGUAUUUUGGCUUUCUUGUUCACGAAGAAACUCAUGAUCUUUGUGAAGAGACAUCCUGCCCAAUCUUAAACAGUGAUUUCAUAUUAUCUCAUCAACAGACUUUGCCAUCAUAUGCACCUCCAGGUACAUAUACACUCACGAUGAAGCUGAUAGCAAACGCGAUAGAGUUGACUUGCAUCAACUUUGAUUUCAGUAUUAGAUUUGCAUCCGUUGCUGACAUCUGAAAACUAAGCUUCAACUUUGUCAAUGUGAUAUCAGAGCUGGAGUCUUUUCAUGGCUCAAUUGUAAAAAACACAUGGAAAUAAAAAUGGCAUGUAUCUAAAACCUGUGAAGACUGAUAUAAAUAUUAGAAAAGAUAUUGAUUUGAUCUC